CUAUAAUCCCCUCCAACUCACCGACCACUCCUUCAUCUCGAGUAGAAGACAGACCUUCAACUCUGUCAUAAAAAUCCCACUCUACAACACUCGUUGCCAUACCAAUAGACCUUCGAACUCAAGUCUUCCCGUGGCUUUAGCAUAGCAUCCUUUCCCCGUUAGUCAUCUUCUACUUUCAUUACUCUGGCCAUUUGCCUUGUAUUUUCUCAGUCAACUUUCCAGCACUGGCUCUGUUGUUCAAGAUAUCCAUUAUGGUCCCAUGAGGGUGGACCCAGCACGCGUCUCCGCUGGUAACGCCCUGACAUUCCUUCAAAACCCACAUGGUGGACCGACUCGAGCACUCUGUGUCGUCCUUGUCCAUCAUACCCAACUUGAGACUUCACAAUGCCCUCAACACCCCCCUCGACAAUCGAAGAAAUCAAGGCGACCAGUCAAAUCAACCCCGAGUUUGCCCAAGCGUGGGAUGAUCUUCCUCUCCCGCCGGGGAAAGAUUAUACCAUCGAAGCCCUCAAAGCAAGUAGCAGAGCGACACUCCCCAGUCUACGCAAAAGACUUGCCGCCUCCCAGACGCCAGAGCUCAUCGAAAAGAUUCAUCGCAUCCCCCUGCGCGAUGGCGUUCAAUUGCGCGUCAUCGUACUCUAUCGGUCCCAAGAUGCUUCGCACGUCACCCCUCCUCGGCCAUUGAUUGUCAUUUUCCACGGUGGCGGGCACACUGUCGGAAGUCCUGAGGCCAUGGUCCCACUGGCAAGGGAUGUCCUCAAAACCCUACCGGCCGUUAUUGUUCUAGCAUCGUACCGCCUUGCCCCAGAGUUCCCGUUCCCCUUCUCGUUGCUCGAUUCCUGGGAAACUCUCGAAUGGGCCGCCGCUGAGUCCCGAAAAUUCAAGUCGACAGUUCUUCCCAUUUGUACGGACCCACGUGUCGGAUUCCUCAUUGGUGGUGAGUCUGCCGGCGCCAACCUAGCAGCCGCUCUCACACAUAUUGCACGCGACCAGGCCUUAUCCCCGCCACUGACAGGCCAAUUUCUCUGUUGCGGAACAUUCAUCUCUCCUGAGCGUGUCCCGCCUAAAUACCAAGAUAGAUAUCUCUCCUGGACACAAAAUGAAGAUGCUCCCGUCAUCGACAAAGAUCUCUACGCCAUCUUCCGCGACGCCUUCAAACCCGACCACGACUCUCGCCUAUGGGCCAGUUUUGACCAGCACCAUCCUGCUGAUCACGGAACUGGCGGUGUCAAAAACGGCCAUUUGAUCAUCCCUCCAACUUAUUUCCAGGUCUGUGGCCUUGACAUGGCUCGCGAUGACGGUCUGAUCUAUGAGAGGGUUCUCAGAGAGGAAUGCCAGGUCCCUACAAGACUUGAUCUCUACUCCGGAUUUCCUCAUUGUUGGUGGUCCAUCUACCCCCACCUAGAAAUGACAAAGCAGAGGACCAAGGAUUCUAUUGAUGGGAUAGCUUGGUUGUUGGAGGUCGGAUUGAAGACGAGAACAUCCCCCAACGGUACUCGUCAAUGAUAGCAUUGUCAGCGUCCAGUCUUGCAUGUUCCAUACUGUCACUGCAUUCCCGUGGUGGCGUGGUGGCGCUCUUCUUCUCCCUUGUCGACCUUGGUGAUUUGCAUUCAGCAUGCGUGUUGCAUAUGUUCAUAUUAGCGCCCAGUCUUCUCUCCACGAUUUCCAUAUUGUGCGCCAGCCGCAAUGAAAAUACUGUUCUGUUGCUCAACACUCAAA